UUCUAAGAGGGCGCACAGUCACCAGAAAGACAGGAUAUUUUCUGGUGUUUUAGUGACGCAAAUAAAGAUAGCCAUUAUGGCUAAUCAUAAAGGAUAUAUAUUAUUUUUGUCACUAUGUCUUGCGGCUGUUGGAAAUACCCAAGAUCAGCAAAUAAAUGAUGAUGGAAGCGACCCAUGUGAUCCUUCCCCAUGCGACCACGGCAAAUGUUUUUACAACCAAUAUAUUCUCGCAACCGUCUGUGUUUGCGAAGAUUGCUGGACAGGGGCAACGUGUGAUGCGCGUGAUUUGUGUUGCAAUAACCCUUGUGAGAAUGGAGGCGAAUGUAACUUUAAUGCAAUGACACCUGAUGUAUUCACCUGUACUUGUCCAGAGAACUUUUAUGGAAAGACAUGUGAAAAGGAGCGUCCAUGUGUGAAAAAUCCAUGUGAGAAUGAAGGUAAGUGCAUCGAGGAACUAGUAAAACGAGAUGCCUCUGAGAGUGGAUCUGGAUCAGGAAUGGGAUCUGGAUCAGGAUCUGGAAUGGGAUCUGGAAUGGAAUCAGGAUCAGGAUCUGGUAUGGGAUCAGGCAUGGGAUCAGGAAUGGAAUCAGGAUCAGGAAUGGAAGAUGAGGCUGAGACCAUGUACACAUACAGAUGUGAAUGUACUGUUGAUUGGAAUGGAGAUCAUUGUGAAAUAGAAAUAAAAGAUGCAUGUGCUGAGAAUCCCUGUCUUAAUGGAGGAAGCUGUGUGACUGGUUUUGACUUCAGAGAUGACGGAUACUCUUGCGACUGUGAAGAAGGAUAUGGUGGCAAGCUUUGUGAAAAACCUGACCCAUGUAUGGCCAAACCCUGUCAAAAUGGAGGAAUGUGUAGCAGUUACUUCAGUCUUGAUGUAUUUGAAAACAGCAAGGGAUCUGGAUCUGGAUCCGGAUCUGGAUCAGGUCUUGGAGAGGCAAUGCUUGAAUUUAGUGAUGGCGAUGAUGAUUUUCCAAACGCUUAUGAAUGCAGCUGUCCAUUUGGCUGGUCUGGGCCUACAUGUGAAAUCAGAGUUGACUUCUGCAUAAACCAUGGAUGUGAAAACAAUGCUAAAUGUAUCAACUUCCAUGACGAUGAUUUCAAGAAAUAUAUGGAUUCAUCAGUAUCCGGAUCAGGUUCAGGUUCAGGAUCAGGUUCUGAAUCUGGAUCUGGAUCAGGUUCAGGAGACAUGGAUGACAAAGACAUGGAGGGAUAUCGCUGUGAAUGUGGAAAUAACUUUGAAGGCAUCAGAUGUGAGAUUGAAAUCGAGAUUGACCUUUGUUUAAACAAUCCAUGUGAGAAUGGAGGACAUUGCGUCAGUGGAGGUUUCCAAAUUGGUGUGGCAGAUCCAUAUACCUGUGAAUGUCCAGACUUUUUUGGUGGCAAACAUUGCGAAAAAGUUCACCCCUGUAAGAGAAACCCCUGUAUUAAUGGUGGUUCAUGCAAUCCGAUGUACAAGGAAGAGGAUGAAUCUGGAAGUGGAUCAGGAUCAGGAUCUGGAGAGGAUGAAAGUGAUUAUUUUGAUGACAAUUUCCCCAACACUUAUGAGUGUGAAUGUCCUUUUGGAUUCAGAGGCGAAAAUUGUGAAAUCAAGGUCGAUUUCUGUUUCAAAAAUCCAUGUGAAAAUGAAGGAAUUUGUGUAAGCUAUCAUGACGAGAACUACAAAGACAUCAAGAACUUUGACAUGGACGAUAUGUCAGGUAGUGGAUCUGGCGAAAGCAAUGACAUUUGCUCUCUCAAGGCAUACACCGGUCCUUGUAAAGCUCUCUUUGAACGAUGGUAUUUUGAUGAAGAUACAAAAUCUUGUCAAACCUUCACAUAUGGCGGUUGUGAUUCCAAUGGUAACAACUUUGAGACCAAGGAAGAAUGUUUGAAACGUUGCGAUAAGGACAAUUCCUUCUGUUCGUUAGCUCCAGAAGUCGGACCAUGCAGAGCUAGGCAUCAACGUUGGCAUUAUGAUGUCAGUUCCAUGUCGUGUAAGAUCUUUACAUAUGGAGGUUGCCGUGGGAAUGGCAACAAUUUUAACACAGAAAAAGAAUGUAUGGAGAGCUGCAACAAUGAGGGUUCAGGUUCAGGUGAAAUGGUGGAUUUCUCCAAGUCACUACCAGCCUACAAGUGCCAGUGUAAGGAGAAUUAUCAAGGGAAACACUGUGAAUCAAGAGUUUGCAACAUCAGGGAAGCAGACAUCUGUUACAACAGUGUAAACACUUACUUGGAAAAUACGAUCAUAGAUGGAACUUAUGAUGUUAAUAUUGCCAUCAGCAAAGUGGAAGAAGCUGACAUUUGCAUCCGAAACUCAGUUGAGGGUUGCUCCUCUGAGAUCAGGAUCAAAUAUGAAGUGAAGUGGAAGGUGAUCAUUGAUUGGAUCCAGCCCCCUGUCGAGGGAUGCGAGAUCAAAGCUGCUGAAGUCUGCUUGGAAACGCUCAGGAGAACUGUUCUUGAUUCUUUGUUUGAUGCUUCACUUAAACCCAAACUUUGUGUGAUGAUUGAAGAGACAAGGCAGUGCAUCAGGGGAGGGAUGUUCAAAUGUACCAAAGAUCAACAAACAGAAAUCAACUUCAUCUUUGAAGCAAUUGUGGAACAAGUGACCCUCAGCGGAGCCUGCAGACCUGAUCCAAUUACACCAGCGAUCACUACCACCCCAGCUGGUACCCAGGUGCCUCAAUCCACCCCAGAUACACCAGUCUCCACACAACCCCCUCCAACACAGAAUCCCAAUUGCUUGGUGGAUGAGGCCAAGGUGUGCCUCAUAGACAUCAAUGCUCGCUUGUUUAAUGCCCUCAAUGCUCCCAGUAGUAUACUUGCAACUGGUUUUUGCUACAAAUUUGAAGCCGCACUGAACUGCAUCAUGACUUCAAUAGUGGAAUGUGACAAUUCAAUCCAGAAGGACAUUUUGGACUUUGUCGCAACCAUAGAUGUGAUCAUUGGAGACAAAUGCACUGUAGUGCCACCCCCUGUCACCACUCCUGGACCAACUAAACCUCCAGUGAAAUGUAGCAUCAAGAAAGCCACUGAAUGUGUUACUUACCUGGGUGCCAAGAUUCUCAACCCAACAAUCACAAACAGUGCAAUUUGUGUACAUGUUAAGGUUGCAGUAGAUUGUCUAAACAAGGCAGUCCUCGAGUGUGCGGAUAACAUUAAAGAGGUCUACAAUCGACAACUCUUAGAGUACGAGGCUGUCCUUGGUGAUACAUGUAAACCCCCCUGUGAUAAGUCCCCCUGCCAGAAUGGUGCCACCUGUAAAGUCAUCCCUGGACCAGACUAUGAAUGUGUUUGCCCUGAUGGAUGGAGUGGAGACAAUUGUGGAGAUAAGCUAUUUUGCAAACAAGAUACAUCCAUGCAGUGUCUGACUGAGGUAGGAGUUGUCAUCAUAGAGUUCAUCACAUCAGGCUCUAGCGACUACACACAAAUUUGCAGUUCAAUCAAGGCAAAGGAGUCUUGUGUAUUUGAGAACGUGGUUGGUUGUAAUGGCAAGAUCAGGGACUAUAUAAGAGCAGAAUGGGAGUCUACUCUAGAGUUUAUAGGUGGCGCCUGUGAAGCUUCACCACCAGUGACGACACCUAUACCUGUCACCUGCAAGAUUGAGAAUGCAAGGAAAUGUACUCAGGAAAUUGCAGAGCUUGUUGUCAAGGUGAUCCUUGGACUCGUUGAUGCCAAUGUUGUAUGCGAUGCCAAGUACAAAGAUGAAAAGCUUGAGUGUUUGUCAUCCUCUAUCACCACCUGCCCAGACAGUAUCAAAAUUGAAACUGAUAAAUUUUUCCAACAAACAUUUUCAUCAUUUGAAUCAGAGUGUAAAAUAAGAGUGACACCUUCACCACCAACUCUGCCUCCUGUUGUGACAGACCCCAGUGCUCCCACUGUACCAACAGUGCCUACUGUACCAACAGUACCAACAGUGCCUACUGUACUACCCACAGAACCACCUAGCUGUAACAUUGAUGCUGCAAUGACAUGUGCUAUUGAGUUCUACGGCAAGGUGGCUAUCUACCUCUCUGGGCCAAGAUUGGUCUGUGGUACUAUGGAACUGGAACUGAAAAACAGCAUCACCUGCAUAUUUGAAAAUGUCAAUACGUGUUCAGCAAAAACGCAGAUUACUUCUUUUUCACUCAUCCAAGAACUAAAUGCAUUUGUGGCUGUAAAAUGCCCACCAAAACCAACUCUUCCGCCAACUCUGCCUCCUACCCGCCCACCAGGUGUCAGCACUGUUGCUCCAACUUCGCCCCCAAUUAUAUGUGACCUGAAUGCUGCGGCAAAAUGUCUUGUAGAAUUCAAGGCUAGCAUUGUCAUAGGAAUCUUUAACAAACAAACAUGUGUAGACAUCUCUGCCAGGAAACAGUGUGUCUACAAGUUUGCAUCACAAUGUACUGGUCCAUUUGGAAGUCUAGCUGUUUCAAUCAUGGCAGAAUUUGAUGCGAUGUUCAGACAGGUGCAGGGCUAUUGUUCUUGCUGGCGUGGAUCAUGUCGAAAUGGAGGAAGCUGCUUUAAUCUAGAUAACUAUUAUUUCUGCAAGUGUCCACCAGGAUUUAGAGGACCAAAUUGUGAUGAAAUCUUUGUCGAGACCUUUGAGUGUUACACCUGCGAUAGAUUGAAUCCAAGUACUUGCAACAAAUCUAGUGAGACAGUCCCAUGUCCUGCCAAUGGUCAGUUCAGCUGUUUCAUCAAGACUGAGAAUCAUGAUGGACGACUCGUCAUGUCUAAAGGCUGCAGGAGAAAGAAUGCUUGUCAAAAUAAGCGACUUAACAAUCGUGAUGAAUGUGAUGAUGGCCAAGUUAUUGACAGAUGCCAUGAAUGUUGCAAUAGCAAUCUUUGUAACACAGAUAAAAUACCCAAGUAUCCAGGAGAGGAGUGCAAGAACUGGGCUCAGUGGGGAGCAUGGAGCAAAUGUGAUAAGGACUGCGGAAUUGGAAAGAGAAUCAGAGAGCGAGAAUGCAAGAGAGAUGGCAUUUGGGAAGUCUGCGAUCCAAAGGAGGAUGAAAACUGUGUCUGUGAAGAUAUUGAACCCAAAACAAGGGAGAUCCCUGAUGAUAAAGACAUAAUCAGAGGAGGAAAAUCCUGCAAGGGAGGAAAAUCAGGCAAGGGAGGAAAAUCAUGCAAAGGAGGAAAAUCAAGCAAGGGAGGAAAAUCAAGCAAGGGAGGAAAAUCAAGCAAGGGAGGAAAAUCAAGCAAGGGAGGAAAA